CCCUCGGGUAUCAUUUUGGAAAUCUUACCUGACAGAUUCGUAAUAUUCUUAACAUAUAUAUACAGAAUUGUUCAGAAGGGGUAGAAAAUACUUUGUGUAAAGGUCACCUUGUUCGAAAAUGGUGAAAUAUACUCUGAGUGGGUUUACAAUACGUGGAUUUUUUGAACACAAGAAGCACUGGGCCCCAAGGCGUGGUGAACUUUUAGAUUGUAGACACAGCCAAGUUCAUGGUGCCGUAGAAGUGUUGAAAGGAAAAAGUGUAAAUGGUACAGUACCAACAGAAUUGCAGGAAGUUUCAAGGAACUUUUUAAAAGCUGGAGGUGUUAUAAAUGCCCGAGUCAUACAGGUUGUUCCAGUGAAUGGACCUAAAGGCGAAGAAAUCCGUUGUCAGUAUAUUUGGUCGUAUGGGUCUAAUAAAACUGAAACGGCUUUGAUGAAAAAUGCAGUAAAUUUGGCUAGAGAAGUUGUUGCAAAGCAAAGGAAGAAAGCCAACAGUAAAAAGAUUAUAUUUAAAAAGGUCAAUGAAGCUGCG